GAAAUAUUUGAAUAUCUUUAGUAUUUAUUUUAAAAAUGAAAAGCGAAAUAGUGCAACCAAAUGCUUUAUAUCCUAUAGCAGUAUUGAUCGACGAAUUAAAGCAUGACGAUGUGGCAUUUCGCCUUAAUGCAAUUCGAAGGCUUUCUACAAUUGCACUUGCCCUUGGACAAGAGAGAACUAGAAAUGAAUUGAUUCCAUUUUUAGAUGAAUCUAUUGAUGAUGAUGAUGAAGUCUUAUCUGCUUUGGCGGAAGAAUUGGGAAAAUUUGUUCAAUAUAUAGGUGGGCCUCAGUAUGCACAUAUACUUCUUAGUCCUCUUGAAAGUCUUUCAGCUGUUGAGGAGCCUCUUGUUAGAGAUAAGGCUGUCGAUUCUCUUAAUAAAAUAGCUGAAAUCUUUACAACUGAGCAAAUUGAGGAAUACAUGAUUCCUCUUAUUAAUCGUUUAAGUUCAGGAGAAUGGUUUACUUCUCGCACAUCUGCAACUGGCUUGUAUACGAAUGUAUAUAAACGUUCAACAAAAUCUAUUCAAGAUUCACUUCGUAGGAAUUUCGGUUAUUUAUGUUCUGAUGAUACUCCUAUGGUCAGAAGAGUUGCUGCAAUAAAUUUUUGUAAAUUUGUGCUUCAAAUGAAUAAAAGUCAAGUUAUUGAGGAUAUGAUUCCUGUUUUUAAUGUUAUUGCGUCGGAUGAUCAGGAUUCUGUAAGAUUAUUAUCUGUUGAACCUCUUAUUACAAUUGCAAAAAUUCUUGGCUCUCCAUUAGAUAUUAAUUACUAUUUGCUUCAGAAUUUAAGAAAUGUCCUUUCUGAUAAGAGUUGGAGAGUACGGUAUAUUGUUGCUGACCAUUUUAAUGAGCUUGCCGAUGCUGUUGGCGAAGAAAUAAUUGAUUCAGAUUUGCUUCCUGCUUUCCUUCGGCUGCUUAGAGAUAUAGAGGCUGAAGUAAGAACAGCAAUUGUAGGUCAGAUUCCGGGAUUUUGCAAAUAUGUGAGUUGUCAAGUUGUUUUGAAUGAAAUUCUUCCCGUUGUAAGGGAUUUGACAACAGAUCCUUCUCAGCAUGUAAGAGCAGCAUGGGGAAAACAAAUUAGUUUGCUUUCCCCGGUGUUGGGAAAAGAAUUUACUAUAGAACAUCUUCUUCCUAUAUUCCUUCAAUUACUAAAAGAUGAAUUUCCUGAUGUUAGACUUAAUAUUAUAUCAAAACUUGAACAAGUUAAUAAUGUUAUUGGUAUUGAAUUGCUUUCUCAAUCUCUUCUUCCUGCUAUAGUGACACUUGCAGAAGAUAAGCAGUGGAGGGUUAGGUUGGCAAUUAUUGAAUAUAUACCUUUAUUAGCUAGUCAGCUUGGUAUUGAUUUUUUUGAUGAAAAAUUAACUGAGCUUUGUAUGUCUUGGCUAGGCGAUAGCGUUUUUUCUAUUCGAGAAGCUGCUAUUUUAAAUCUUAGAAAAUUAACUGAAGUCUUUGGUGUUUCCUGGGCAAUGAAAAGUAUAAUUCCUCGUGUUCUUUCUAUGGGAAAUCAUGAGAAUUAUCUUUAUCGUAUGACUACAAUAUUUGCUAUUGUUUCUCUUGCUCCUGUUGUAGGUGUGGAUAUAGUUAGAAACUAUAUUUUACCUACAGUAAAUAAUUUAGUUGAUGAUAAAAUUCCGAAUAUUAGAUUUAAUGUUGCUAAAUCUUAUAAAGUUUUAUUUGAUGUUUUAAAAGAUUCUCCUGAGGGUGUAGAGUUGUUUAAUGCACAAAUUAAACCAUCGCUAGAAAAAUUAAGUUGCGAUCCGGAUACUGAUGUUAGAUUUUUUGCUAAUAUGGCAAUUAUGGCACAAUGA